GAGAAGAAUGUCUCUGUUUGAGGUAAAUCCCCAGUGGACACGACAACCAAGACAAACACAAAUAUAGGAAACUUUCCCUCUUUACCCUUUCAUUUUUCCCUCUAAAAACUCAUUUUCAACAUACCUUAAACCCACAGCUCACCUUGUACGGAGAUCAACACGUCGGAAAUGAAGCCGGACGAAUCUGUGCCGCCUGAUGAUGAUCUCCGUUGCAUAAGAUCAGACGGUAAGAAAUGGAGAUGCAAAAACUAUAAAGUCCAAGGUAAGUCCAUGUGUGAAAAACAUGUAUCUUCUGCUAGACGUAGUAAACCGCAGAAGAAACUGCGUGGAAAAUGCAUUGCGAAACAUGAUGCAAGUGAUGAUUCUGGUGAGAGUUUGGUUAGAAAGGUGAAGAAAAUCAGGAGAAAUAGAGAGGGUUAUGAGGAGAAUGAGGCUGUUACUUCAUUGAGGAUGAUGAAAGAUAGUAGUAUUAUGAUGAAAGCUGUAAAUAAAGAUAGUUUAGAUGAUCACAUGAAAGUAAGGGGUGAUGGUAACAAGAAGAAAUAUUUGAAUAAUGUGGGGUUUAGGGGAAAGAAAAGGGAAACUAGUGGAAACUCUUCAAAUGAAAAGGAUAGGAUGAAAGGGAAAAAAAUGAUUUUACAAGAGGAAGAAGAAAGUGGGGAUGCUGAGAGGGUUAGUAGAGUGGUUAAGAAAGGGGUUGGAUGUGAUUUGAAUAAGUCAAGGUUAAAGGGGAAGAGUAAGGAGAUUCAAAGUGAUGAGGAGAAGAAUGGUGGUAAGUUUUAUGAAUCAAAGAGGAAACGUUCAGCCAAAUUGCUGGAACCUAUUGAAAAAGAUGUUGAAAAUGAGUCUUUACUUAGGAGAAAUGAUAGGAAAUUACCAGAGAAGAAAAGAUUGGAAGUUGCUUUGGAAAAGCAAGAUGAUGAUGACCAAGAUGACUGCGCAGAUCCAAAGGGCAUCAAGAAUGGUAGUACUUUUUAUGAUUCAAAGAGGAAACGUUCAGCUAAAUCACUGGAACCUAUUGCAAAAGGGGUUAAAAAUGAGUCUUUACUUAGGAGAAAUAAUAGGAAAUUAACAGAGAAAAAAAGAGUGGAGUUUGCUUUGGAAAAGCAGGAUGAUGAUGACCAAGAUGACUGCGCAGAUCCAAAGGGCAUCAAGAAUGGUAAAGUAAUUAGAAGAAGUGAUAAAGGUAAAAAAAAGAAGGUCGACACAAGAAGGAAGCAUUUCAGUACUGAUGACCCAUAUGAUGAUUGCCAGAUGUGCCAUCAGUGCAUGAAAAGUGAUCGAAAGGUUGUUCGGUGUAAAAACAGAUGUGGCAAACGCUAUUGUAGCCCAUGUAUUGAAAGAUGGUACCCUCAUCUGUCAGAGAAAGCAAUCGCUGAGGAUCGUUGCCCAGUUUGUCAUGGGAACUGCAAUUGCAAAGAUUGUUUACACAAAAAUAUUAUCCCUAAGGAACCAAAAUAUUUAGGAAUACCACACGAAAACAACAAAAAAAUUAAUUGCUUGAAGUAUCUUGUGAAUGCACUUUAUCCAUUUUUGAAAACAUUUAUCCAUGAUCAAACCAUUGAAAAGGAGAUGGAGGCAAAAAUUAAAGGAAGCAGUAUUUUAGCAAUGCCUGAGAUAUCCUUUUAUCUGGAUGAGCGUGUUUAUUGCGACAACUGCAACAACUCCAUUGUUGAUCUCCAUAGAAAUUGUCCGAUUUGUUCGUAUGAUCUCUGUCUGACCUGCUGUCAGGAAAUUCGAGAAGGUUGUUUUCUAGGAGAUGAAGAUAGAAGGCUCCCUGAAUGGAGAGCAACAGAAACUGGUGAUAUACCUUGCCCGCCAAAGGAAAGAGGUGGCUGUGGAAAUAACUGCCUGGUGCUCAAGUGUCUCUUUGGUGAAAAGCGGGUUCAACAGAUAGUGAGGAAAGUUGAAAACGUAGUCAAAGCAAAUUCAUCUGUCAGCGAGACCUGCUCUGUUAAAGAACAGUGUGCCUGUAACUCUAAAAAUAGAAGAAAAGCAGCUUCCAGACCAGAUUCUGAUGACAAUUAUUUGUUCUGCCCUUCAAGUGACACACAGGGAGGGCACCUGGAACACUUCCAGACACACUGGAGAAUGGGAGAACCUGUAAUUGUACGCAACGUUCUUGAAUUAGCAUCUGGAUUAAGCUGGGAACCAAUGGUGAUGUGGCGUGCAUUCCGUAAUAUAUCAAUCAAGGGGGGCUCAUCAGAUUUGGUGGUGACAGCAAUUGAUUGUCUCGAUUGGUGUGAGGUGGAUAUAAAUAUUCAUCAAUUUUUUAAGGGUUAUAUUGAAGGUCGAAGGCACAAAGAUUUCUGGCCCAAAUUGCUUAAGCUUAAGGACUGGCCCCCAUCUACAGAGUUCGAGAAACGGUUGCCACGCCAUGGAGCAGAAUUCAUUAGAGCCUUGCCAUACAAAGAAUACACACAUCCACUUUCUGGUAUUCUUAAUGUUGCUUCCAAACUUCCAGAUGGUAUACUGAAGCCAGAUCUGGGUCCAAAAACAUAUAUAGCAUAUGGAUUUGCUGAAGAACUUGGACAUGGAGAUUCUGUGACAAAGCUUCAUUGUGAUAUGUCUGAUGUGGUAAAUGUUUUAACGCAUACUGCUGAUGUAACUAUUGAUAAGUGGCAGCUUUCAAAACUUGAUAAGCUGAAGGAAAAACACGCUCUUCGUGAUCGAGAAGAACUCCAUAUUACAGAUAGAGAUGAUCAUCUAGUUCUUAAGAGUGAUUUUGCAUCUGCAGAACAAGAAAAAUGGAGUGAUUUUGUUCCCUCUGACCGGAAUGUGCAAUUGCAGAGCGAUUUAUCUUCUGAUCAGGUGGUUGAUCUUGGAAACAAGUUUGAGGGACCAGAGGAAGAAAAUGGUGGUGCUGUUUGGGAUAUCUUUAGGAGACAGGAUGUUUCCAAGCUCGAGGAAUAUCUUAAAGAGCACCACAAGGAAUUCAGGCAUACCCGUGGUUCUCCGGUGGAGCAGGUUGUUCAUCCAAUUCAUGAUCAAAUUUUCUACUUAACCGCCUAUCACAAGAAGAAACUCAAGCAAGAGUUUGGCGUUGAACCGUGGACAUUUGUACAAAAACUUGGAGAGGCAGUUUUCAUACCUACUGGGUGUCCCCAUCAAGUUAGAAAUCUGAAGUCUUGUAUAAAGGUUGCUCUUGAUUUUGUCUCACCUGAAAAUGUGGGCAAGUGCAUUCGCUUGACUGAGGAAUUUCGUGUUCUUCCCCAAAAGCACAGGGCUAAAGAGGACAAAUUGGAGGUGAAGAAGAUGGCUUUAUAUGCACUGGAGAAGGCUGUAGCUGAUCUAAAUGACCUUGAAUGUAAUGACAGAAUCCAGGCUCAGCAACCACAUUUGAGUAGUGACAAUCUUGUUCAAACUAAAGAAAGGGUUGAAUAGUUUCAUUCUGUCGUAAUGUACAUAUGCUUGUGAACCACCUGACUAAUAUCUGGUGAUCAUGAAAAAAGUGCCGCAAAUGACUCCUGUGUAUCAUCUAAUCUUUACUGUCAUCAGCCAAAACUUUGGACGCGCUAAGCACAUUAGCUCUGAGGCAUCUUACAGCUCCAACUUAGAAGCCACUAGGAGACUCGGGGUUUCACAGGGUAAUGUCUUCUUUUGAAACAUUUGCGGACCUGAUUUAGUGGGUUUGCCUUUUAAA